AUGCCCACCACCCUCUCCGACCGCAACGGUCUCGUCAACCGCCAAAUCCCCGAAAUGCAGCUCUCCGACGGCUCACCAAGCUCCCUAACCGCGCCGCCGCCGCCAGCACCCCUCCACCUGACGCCAGAAGGACGCGCGCAGCACCGAUUCGCGGUCCAGGGCAACGCCAUCAUCACCGGCGGCACCGGCACUCUCGCCCUCGCCGGCGCACGCGCACUGCUCGAGCAUGGCCUAACAGGGCUGGCGCUCCUCGAUCGAGAUGCGGAGAGCGCGGCGGACGCGGUCGAGGGGCUUGCUAGGGACUUCCCUGCCGCCAGAAUAUUGGUGAAGCAGGUGGAUGUCACGCGGGCGGACGAAGUCGCGCGCGCCGUUGGGGAGGUGAGCGGGGUGCUUGGCAGCGUGGAUAUGCUGGUGUGCUACGCCGGCGUUGUGGGCUGCGUGCACGCGCUGGACAUGAAGCCUGAGGAGUGGAGAAGAACAAUGGACAUCAAUGCCACGGGGGCUUUCAUCUGCGCGCAGGCGGUGGCGAGGGAGAUGGUUGGGCAGGGGCGGGGCGGGAGUAUCGUGUUCAUCUCUUCAAUCUCCGCCCACCGCGUCAACUACCCCCAGCCGCAAUCCGCCUACAACGUCUCCAAAGCCGCGCUCCUGCACCUCAAGAACUGCCUCGCCGCCGAGUGGGCCCGCUACGGCAUCCGCGUCAACUCCAUCUCGCCGGGCUACAUGGACACCAUCCUGAACGAGGGCGCGGGCCUCGAGUCUGCCAGGAAAAUAUGGGCGGAGCGGAACCCGAUGGGGAGGAUGGGGGUGCCGGCCGAGCUGACGGGGCCGUUGGUGCUGCUGUGUAGUCGCGCGGGGAGUUUUGUCAAUGGGGCGGAUUUGGUGGUUGAUGGGGGGGCGGUGGUGUUUUAG